GAGAAACAGCCCCAGGGCAGCGUGAGAAUACAACGAGGGGCUGCCCGUAAGCUCGCACCCCGAGUCUUUUCUCGGUCGGCCGGUUGCACGGUGCUUUGCGGCUGCCGUCAAGCGCGGCGGAGGCCGGCCGGGCCGAAGGCGCCAUGGCGGCAGGCCUGCUGCCUAGCGCCAGGGCGGUGCUGGCGCUGCUGUUCUUGGGACUCGCGCUGCUGAGCGUUGGGCCUGCUCCGGCACAGGCUCUACACAAUGUCACGGCCGAGCUCUUUGGGGGUGAGGCCUGGGGCACCCUGGCGGCCUUCGGUGACCUCAACUCCGACAAACAGACGGACCUCUUCGUGCUGCGGGAAAGAAAUGACUUAAUCGUCUUUUUGGCAGAUCAGAGUGCACCCUAUUUUAAACCCAAGGUAAAGGUGUCCUUGAAGAAUUUCAGUGCAUUGGUAACAAGUGUAGUCCCUGGUGAUUAUGAUGGGGACUCACAAAUGGAUGUCCUGCUCACAUAUUUUCCCCAAAAUCAUAGCAACAAUGAAUUAGGAGCUGUUAUCUUCUGGGGACAAAAUCAAACAUUAGAUCCUAAAAACAUGACCAUACUCAAUAGGACUUUUCAUGACCAGCCACUGAUUAUGGACUUCAACGGUGAUCUAAUUCCUGAUGUGUUUGCUAUCACAAAUGAAUCCAGCCAGCCGCAGAUACUGUUAGGAGGAGAUUUGUCAUGGCAUCCUGCCUUGACCACUAAGAGUAAAAUGCGGGACCCACAUUCUCAUGCAUUUAUUGAUCUGACUGAAGAUUUUACAGCAGAUUUAUUCCUUACAACAUUGUCUGCCUCUAAUACCUUCCAGUUUGAGAUAUGGGAAAAUUUGGGUGGAAACUUCUCUAUCCGUAGUGUCUUUGAAAAACCUAAAAAUCUGGUGGUGGUUGGACAGUCAGCAUUCGCAGACUUUGAUGGAGAUGGACACAUGGAUCACUUGCUGCCAGGCUGUGAAGAUAAGGACUGUCAGAAAAGUGCCAUUUAUUUAAUGAGAUCAGGAACAGGACAGUGGGCUCCUGUGCUUCAGGAUUUUAGCAAUAAGGGCACACUCUGGGGCUUUGUCCCAUUCGUGCAUGAAGAGCGGCCAACUGCAAUUCCAGUUCCACUCACACUUCACAUUGGAGACUACAACAUGGACGGCUACCCUGAUGCUCUGGCCAUAUUAAAGAAUACAUCUGGAAGCAAUCAGCAAGCCUUCUUACUGGAGAAUGUCCCGUGCAAUAAUGCGAGCUGUGAGGAAGUGCACCGGAUGUUCAAAGUCUACUGGGACCUAGCAGGCCUGAAUCUAAUCAAAGACGCCAUGGUUGCCACCUUUUUUGACAUUUAUGAAGAUGGGAUCUUGGACAUUAUAGUCCUCAGUAAAGGAUACACCAAGAGUGAUGUUGCCAUCCACACACUCAAAAAUAACUUUGAAGCAGAUGCGUAUUUUGUUAAAGUCAUUGUUCUUAGUGGUCUAUGUUCUAGUGACUGUCCUCGUAAGAUAACACCCUUUGGAGUGAAUCAGCCUGGACCUUAUAUCAUGUACACAACAGUAGAUGCAAAUGGGUAUCUGAAAAAUGGCUCAGCUGGGCAGCUUAGCCAGUCAGCACACUUAGCUCUCCAGCUGCCUUACAAUGUGCUUGGUUUAGGCCGAAGUGCCAAUUUCCUGGACCAUCUUUUUGUUGGCAUUCCCCGUCCAUCUGGAGAGAAGUCUAUAAGGAAACAAGAGUGGACAGCAAUCAUUCCAAAUUCGCAGCUGAUUGUCAUCCCAUACCCUCACAGUGUCCCGAGAAGCUGGAGUGCCAAGUUGUACCUGACACCAAGUAACAUUGUCCUGCUGACUGCGGUAGCCCUCACCGGCGUCUGCGUCUUCAUCCUGGCAAUAAUCGCCAUUUUACACUGGCAGGAAAAGAAAGCUGACGACAGGGAAAAGCGGCAAGAAGCACAUCGCUUCCACUUUGACGCUAUGUGAUUCUGCUUUCAGUGGUACAUCCUGGAAGUCACUUGAUUAGCGAAACACUAAACUUUGACUCCUAGUAAAAAAAAUAAUGGAUCUGAGAUAUUUAUAAAUUAUGCCUUCCUUGUCAAUUAUUGGAAAAUACUGAAAUAAAUAUGGCCUGCAUAUCUCAUAAGGUCUGCUUUAAGCACUCUGUAUAUAAUAACCUAGCUUCUUUAUUCAGUGGUACUGAGCAUUCUGUUCCUCUGUGGAAUGUGUUGCAUGUGCUCUGGUAUUUGUGUUUACAAUGUUGUUAGAAUUACGAUGGUGGAAGGACAUGUAAAUAAAAACUAUUUAAACAACCUGGGGCCAGGACAUUGUUCCACCUAAAUUGAUCUUGCUUUUUAUCUUAAAAAUGCACACUUUCUCAACUAUGUGGCAGAUAAAGUUAUUCAACUAACAUUCUUCACUGCAGGGCAGAGCUCUGAGUGGCAUGGAAUGAGACUAAUUAGCCAGGCUUUGGAAUCUCAGUAGGACAGACUGCCUUAGAUGCCUGGUUCUACAGCUUACAACUCUCUGAAUCUGGCUACUGCUUAGCCUCUCUGUAAGCCGCAGUCUUGUUUAUAUGAUGUGGCUUAUAUGCCUGUUCACUUGAGUUAUCGUGGAUGUAUACUGACUGAUGCACACAGUGAUCACUUGAGUUAUCAUGGAUGUACACUGUCUGAUGCACAUGUGAUCACUUGAGUUAUCAUGAAUGUACAUUGUUAUAUGAUGCACAUGUGUUCACUUGAGUUAUCAUGGAUGUACAUUGUCUGAUGCACAUGGUGUACUUAGCUCAGUGCCUGAGCAAACAGGAAGUGUUCACCAAGCGGAGGCUGUCCUUGCUCUUGCCGGUGAUUUAAUCUACUACUGUAUAGAAUGGAUCAUUAUUAUAGACAUAAGGACAUACUCUUUGGAAAGCUUAAAUUAUUGGUGGUACAUAUCUCAUAUAAUUAAUUUGUUUGACUAGCUAUAUAAUACUACCCAAGAGUAAAUGUAUCCUAAAACCUGGUACUUGAAUACUGAUCCUUGUACAGUGAUGUAAAUCAUUUGGUCUCUUGAAAGAAAGCUGACAGAGGCAAACUCUGGGGGUGCAAACUGCCGUCACAGCUCUGCUCGCAGGACGGGAAAGUCAGUCUCAGUUCUCUUCAGACCACAGGGUUCAUACUAUGAACUUUACAUUGCCAAAAUUCACUUUAAAAUUAUUUAAAUUAGAGUUGAGGAGAGAGGUGAUAUUCAGAUUACUAAGACAUGCUGUGGCUGUAAACUAUAAAAAUUCCUCUAGAACAGUUUUGUCUGUGUUAUUUUCCCCACUGCAGUUCACUGAAGGGCAUGUGCUCCUUUUUAUUUCUAUUUAAGCAUGUUAAUGUAUCGUCUUAAUAAAUACUCCUUACUGAUUGAAAAAA